UCAAAGUCAAACCAGGCAGUGAGCGAGCGGCUAAACGAGUAAAUGUAACAUGUCUGCCUGCACAAUGCUACGGUUGGGUUUGGGGUUACUUCAGUCUUCGUUGAAGUUCACUAAACAGCCAUGCAGAAGUUCACAGGGACUAUUGGAGCAGGUCCGAAGUUAUUACGUUGACUGGAGAAUGCUGAGAGAUGUGAAAAGAAGACAGAUGGCGUACGAGUAUGCUGACACAAGACUGCGGAUCAAUGCCAUCAGAAAGAACACACUCCUACCCAAAGAGUUACAGGAGGUAGCUGAUAAAGAAAUUGCUGCAUUGCCCCGAGACAGUUGCCCAGUUCGUAUCCGCAACAGAUGUGUGAUUACCUCACGACCCCGCGGAGUGAAACGCCGGUGGCGAUUGAGCCGCAUUGUUUUCAGACAUCUAGCAGACCACAAUCAGAUGUCAGGCAUACAGAGAGCAAUGUGGUGAAAACAGUGGACCAUUUAGUGCUUACAGCUUCAGUAAGGGGAAACCAACAUUCAAAAUGUUCAUAGUCCUAGCAGAAAUGCAUCAUCCACAUUUUCAUGUUCAUUUUUGAAGAUAUUGUACUUUAAAUUGUCCUAAUAAUCUGGGUAUCUGUAUUUUACUGCUUUGUGCAUAAUAAAGCUUGCUUCCUUAAACCCAA